AACGAGCUGAGUUGUGAGCUAGGAUAGGGAUAUUUUUCAAAAGGCGUAUUAUCCCGGAAGAUAAUAAAUAAUUGAUAAUUCAUCAUUUUAUAAUAAAACGACAUAUUAAUGCAAACAAGAAAUUGUAUCUUUAGGUACGAAAGCCGGUUUUGGACCGCCCGUCACCCAUAUUUAUUCACCUAUAAUGUCUCGACAUGAAGGUGUCAGCUGUGAUUCUUGCAUGAAAAGUAAUUUUCGUGGUAGGCGCUACAAAUGUCUUAUCUGUUAUGAUUAUGAUCUAUGUGCAAGCUGCUAUGAGAACGGUGCUACAACCCCAAGACACACAGCUGAACACCCAAUGCAGUGCAUAUUGACCAGGUCUGAUUUCGAUAUAUAUUACGGAGGGGAAUCAAUAUCAUUGGAGCAGACGCAGGCCUUCACGUGUCCCUACUGUGGUAAGAUGGGGUUUACAGAGACCACUCUACAGGAACAUGUGACAUCGGAACAUGCUGAUUCCUCACAAGAAGUGGUGUGUCCUGUUUGUGCAGCAGUUCCAGGUGGUGAACCUAACCUUGUGACGGAUGAUUUUUCUGCUCAUCUGACAUUAGAACACAGGACGUCUAGAGAUUUGGAUGAAGCAGGUGCAGGUAGGCACGUAAGAAGAAUGUUCCACCCCGGGCGUGGCCUUGGACCACGUACUAGGCGAACUAACAUGCACUUUAGCAGCGGUACCGGUCUCUCAAGCCAACCGUCAAGUUCUCCUGGCAGUAGGGAAACAAUGGACCCAAUUGCAGAAUUACUAUCACAAUUAUCUGGGGUUCGGAGGUCGGCAGGACACUCAUCAACAGCCUCCCAGCUCCAGCAGUUGCAGAUUAUGCAGCUGCAAUUAGAGAGGCAGCAGGUUCAACAUGCCCAGCAAGGCAGCACAAGACAGCAGGUUGAAAGGCUACCAGUACCCAGAAGGCAGAUGGUGCCAUCCAAUAAUAAUAACCCAAGUCAAAGUUCAAGUGGGGGUGUUCUAGGAAAUGCAGCUUGUAAUACACAAAGAGACUCACAGUUUCUAUUAUCUAGGAUUAACGGCUCAUCCGUGACAGAUACAGAGCAACAAGCUAUCGAGGAGGAACAGGCAGAUAGGAGUUUCUUUCUUCAGGACAUCAUUCUCUCGACGCUAAACGAUUCAGAUAAAGAGUCCGACACUUCUGAGUCGUUACACGAGUCUUCAGGGGCAUGGGGUUAUGCUGAUGAUCCGUCAGACGCUACGUUAGAUAAGUUUAGUUCUUUGCAAUUGAGAGAUAAAUCGCCAGAUUCAUAGCAUUAAAUUUAGGAAGUUUGUAUAAUGGUAAUUGUGUACGGUCUUGAGCCUAAUGCCUUCUUACACAGGAACACUCACAUGGCCUAAAUGCCUAGAUAUUAUACUCAAAUUUAGUGUCAAAAAAAAGGGUUGUGCAUUUAUUAAUAUACUGAACAUUUGGUAUAUAAACAGCGUACGUGUAAGGAUCCUGCAUAUGUUUUGGUGUUCUCACGGCGUUUGUGACGUGUUCUGCCAUUUGGCUGUAGUUCGAUCAUGUGACUGACCUUGAAUUACAUAUCAAUAAACCAUCUCGAUGUAUGUUUCAUAUAUGAUUGCAUGCCUGCUAGCUUCCUAUCAGCGUCCCUGGAGCCUAAAUCUGGUAUGCUUGGCUACUAAAUUUAGUUAACCUAGCAUUGGCCAUCCUAGAACCACUUGGUUAGUAGGCUUGGCUGAAUAAAAAACCAUACCUGCAAGCCAAUACAUCUAAUAUUGUGGGAGGCUUGCCAAUUUAGUUUAGCCAAGCAUAUCAUCACUGGACAGCCAAGCAUAUUAUCAUUGAAGCUUGGCCUACAGUAUCUGUUUAGCCUAGCAGGUUGCACCAUUGCGGUUUUACAAUUUGUAGUAACUCAGAAGAUAACACAAAAUUAAAAAUUGCUUACUUUCUGUAAGCAUGUGUGUCCAAAUGUAGACUCAAUCUAUUCCCAAUUUGUUUUUGUAUUAAAAGAUGAAAUUCUUAUUCUGCCAACCUAUAUAUAUAUACACACAACGAUUACAACAGUAUGUUAGUCUUUUUAAGAAUGUAUACGUAUGUGUGACUCCAAUUUCAACAUGUUUUUAUGUGUGUUUUCAAACCCCCUAAGCUUCACAAGCACAUUGGUCAUUUCUAUUUCCUUCUACCUUAUAAUGCCUUUUGUCAUUCCAAAAGUAGUGGCAAGUAGAAUUCAAUUUCUUUAUUGUGAUUAUUUAUUUAUUUAUUUAUUUUUUAAGAGGAAGGUGGUUAAGAGUGAUGAUCUAACCUCCUGUAAAGACGAGUCCAGUGUCAUUUCAUAGUAAAUACUACACCUGUACUUUAUAAAAUAUUCAACAAUAUACAAUCACAAUCUGUCCUGCUAGUUGUUAAUAUUUUUGGUUGAGUAAAUAGAAAUAUAUGUGUCCAUUAUUCAAGUAGGAAUUGCAGUGAUGAAGUGAUGGUGUGUGCCAAUUCCUAUUUUUCAUGUCAAUUUGAAUUAAUUUCAUAUGUUUAUGAAUCCGAUCGACUCUCUUGAAACUCACCCACCCCUUUCAGUUGUCUUUAUUCUGCAAGGUAAUUUUACAGCAUUUUCACAAUAAAAUUCAAGAAAGUAGGAAUUUUAAAGGAGAAAAAAAAAUAUUUGAAAAUGUACACAUAUGUAUUGGGAAAUUCUCUUCUAAUUAUAAUAAUGAAUGUAACUGCAUUACAAUAUGACUUAAUUUCAAUUAUAAUAUAGAAUUUUUGUAAUGAGUUAUGUGAUGGUAAAUUGUGGAGGAAUUGAUCCAGAACACACUCCCUUGAUUUUGAGGAAAAACAUAUUAGCCACCUCUGGACUUUUAUACCCAAACCCUCCGACUAUCAUUUUAUUGCUGUACCAACUGUACCCAGAGGUGAAGAUAAUGUAACCUUCUGCAUGUCACUGUUAGAUCACAUAGCAAUCAAACGUGAUCACAUAACAAAGUGUUUAAGUGUAGUUUGAAUCCUGAUAAAUCCCUUUGUAUCGGUCAGAUUUACAAUCAAGUAGUAAUUCAUGUAAACCAAAUAUGUUACCUUUUUUUCAACACAAUUACUUCAAAAAUUACUUGGUAAAUAAUAUUUUUUUAAUUUUUUUUUUCAUGUAAUGAUCUUUUAUGAACUAUAUCAACUAUAUUGUGGUUUGCUAAAUUAAUUUCAAUGAUUAGGUCAUUGCACAUUUUAGUUAUUACUUAUUCCACCAGUUAUUUUGGUGUCUUUAGUUCAGAAUCUAUGUUUCCAUUGAAAUAUGUAAACAAUACAUAAGCUUCUUAAUACAGUUGUUGAAAAAAUGUUUUGAGCAAAUAUUAAAACAAAUGUUUAAAUGCAAAA